AUGCCAAACAUUGCAUGGGAGCAGAGGAACAUUCUGUCUUCCCUCCCGCCCUUUUUUGGGAAGGACAGGAGAUUUCUGGAGGGUGUGUGAACAUAUAUCUUAACAGAAACUGAGAAAAUGGGUUGAGCUGAGCAAGGACCAUCUGAGGAGUGUUACAUUAUAUACAGUAAUGCAUUUGACAAGAUAAUAGAUUACAUUACUACAUACAAGAACAUCCUGACUUCAGUCAAACAGGAAUAUGAGGCGUUUAUUGCCAGAAUGAAGAAUGGCCAAAGAAAUGCAUUUUUGGUUCGUGGGAGGUUAAAAGCUCUGGAAUCUGAGUCCACAACUCUAUUAUGCUAUAGGAAAAGAGCAAUGGAGCUUGAACAUAUAGUAAUGUGGUUAUCCUACACUGCCAUGUCUUAUAUUUCAGCUCUUGGUGUACCUAGUAAAAUGGCUGAAGAUUCACUUGAAUAUUUUGAAAGUUUCAGUGAAUUACUUUCAAGUGGUCAGUAUGAUGCUGCAGCAACUUAUGCAGUAAACUCUCCUAGGGGAAUUCUCUGUAAUGAAGAAGCUCUGAAGUAUCUUAAAUCUGUUAGCUGCCUUAAAGGAAGAAAUCUCCCUUUGCUGAAGUAUUUUGACACUCUGAUAAACUCAAGUACUGCAGCUGGACACCUUCCAAGGUCAGCCAUAACUCUGGAAGCAAUCAAAUGUGCGUUGUCUGAAAAGCAAUUAAAUCUAGUAACACGUUGGGUUAAACAGCAAAGGUUCACCUUUUCUGAGGCGGUAGGAGAUACUAUUUAUGACUAUGGGAAGGUGGAACCAAGCAAUGAGUCAAAAUGCCUGGCUUUGGCUCAGGUCAUGUACGGUCAGUCUGGCACACUCAAAAAAGUUGCUCUGUGCCUAUGUAAAAGGGGCCAAAUUUCUGGAGCAAUGACUUAUAUUCAGCAACUGGAGCAUUUUUGUUUAGAUGAUUACUUCUUUAUGUUGGAAGACUGUCCUAGCACUGCAUUAAUUCACUGUCUCAGUCAACAAUGCAGCGGCAGAAGCUCUUCAGGCAGCAUGAACUCAAGCCAAGGGCAGACAGCUGCAACAGACCACAUGGGCAAUGCGUUGGAACAGGUUAUUCUAAAUGAUACCGUCUAUACUUUGGAAGACUGGAAUAAGAUAGCAGUUGCUUGUGCAGAAAAUAACCAUGAAAGGUUAUCUCAGAAAAUCGUGUCGAUUCUCACCUCGCAGGAUGGAGUGUUUGAAAGUUCACCACUUGAAGAUGAAAAAGAUGCAAGGAUAACGGAACAUGUUUUCUGUCAAAUGCAAGCUGAGGUUUGUGUUGGGCCAACAGCAAAGCUGUUCUGGCACACACUUGCAUCCUUCAGAGGAGCUGUAGGACCUCUAGCAGCCGUUGUCAGCACUCGGGGCAUCUUCUCCCCUUGGCUCUCAGGAGAUCAUGUGGAAAGAAUGGAUGGCUCAAGAACAGGAAAAGGGGACCGGCAGAGUAUAUUGCAUAUAGGGAGGAAAAAGCUGUACAGAAAGGAAAAUGCAGAAAGAAAAGCUGAAAGAGGAGACCUGUAUGGAAAUCAGGAAGGAGGAAAGCGCAAGGGUGUAAGAGACAGGCUGGUUGGCUGCAGAUCACAGGCUUGUAAUGAAAGGCCAAGGUGCUACCUGGAGUUUCUCCACCUGUGGGAGGAGUUGUGUCCCAUGCUGGGUGGCCUUCCUGGCCCACCUUUAGCUGCCAUGACGGGGAGUGGAGGAAGACUAGAAAGAUCUGUGUUCCAGAUCUCUGCUGGAAGUUGUGGGUGA